AAACAUAUAAAAUACAACCAAAAAAUACAAAAAUUUCAAAAAAAAUUGAUCGGAAACAUCGCAUUGAAAAAAAAACGUUACGGAAUAUUAUAAUACUCGGGCACCAUGACAGGCAGCUAUCUAAGCAGCAUGGGAUCGACCGCCACCAUUAUGCAGAGCACCAACUCCCUGAGCAAGGGAAUGCGUAAGGUGAAGCGUGCUCGCAACUUGCCCAGCUUCGAUCUGUCGCAGGAUCAGAAACGGGACAUCAAGAAAGCGUUCGAUCUCUUCGAUACCCAAUGCACCGGCUUCAUCGAAGUGAAAGAGCUGCGCGUGGCCAUACGUGCCCUGGGCUUUGAGCCAAAGAAGGAGGAAAUCAAACGCAUGAUGGAUGAGAUUGACAAGGAUAGGUCCGGCCGCAUUGCAUUCAACGAUUUUCUCCAUAUAAUGCGCAUUAAAAUGUCUGAGAAGGAUUCAAUGCAGGAGAUGCAAAAGGCAUUUCUAUUUUUCGAUGAUGAUCGCACUGGUAGAAUAUCGUUUGCCAAUUUAAAGCGCGUCGCCCAGGAGCUGGGCGAGAAGCUCACCGACGAGGAGUUGCAGGAAAUGAUUGACGAGGCCGAUCUCGAUGGGGACGGUGAAGUGUGUCGCGCCGAGUUCCUAUCCGUGCUGAAGAAAACUCAUUUGAUUUAGUUCGAAAACACCUUACUGAGGCAGCAAAGCAUUACACACACCCAUACCCAUACACCAACACACUCGCUCCCACACACACACACGCACACAUUAAUACAUUCAUUUACUCGUAUUUUAGUUUACAGAUGCAUGACCGGGGAACGACGUUGUGUUUUACGUUCAUUUUUUUGCUUCUAUGCUCAACUUUUAGAACAAAAAUGAAUGAAAAUUUUAUGAAGAAGUUUGGAUAUGCACCGUUUAAAUAAAGCUUUAAUCAGCACCAAUAUCGAA